UCGGCUGAAUGACUAUCGUGAAGGCAAAUCUAAGCUUCUCAACCUCCAGACUUGCGGACUUCAUUCGGACUUGACGGCUGGCGUCGGGGCGUGCGAUGCUGGUAAGGCAACUUCAGACUGUCCAACCUACAACUCGAACCUAAGCAGCCAUCACGAUUUCGGUGAGACAUGAUCGACCAACAUGCCGCCCCGAAAGAGAUCACCCGGCGACCCGGAGUCUGCUAGGAGGUCCGACCGAGCCACAUCGGAGGCCAAGCGACGACGAGUAUCUCUGGCUUGUGACGCCUGCAGAACAGCUCGGGAGAAGUGCGACGGCGACCGCCCACGGUGUGGCCGCUGCGUGUCUCAAAACCGAUCCUGUUCAUAUACUCCAACAUCAAAGAAGAGGGGCAUCCAGAGCGGAUAUCUGAGAGCCAUUGAGUUGUCGCUGGCUUGGCUACUGGAAAGUGUUCCUGACUGCGAGGAAGCUUUGUAUCAACUGCUCGUCAAGGAUGGUGGAAAAGAUGGCUUGAGCGUCCUUGUGGGCAAAGGCGGAUCUUCGAGCAGGUUGCAGAAGCAAUGGAGCAACUGUCGAGUCCAUCAGGAAAUUGAGACGUUGCUCUGCCAAGGCGGUUCGCAAAGAGCAGACUCAUCUGUUGCUGGAAACACGGAUUCGGACGCCGAUACCAUGGAGGAAUCGAUCAACGAGACGAGACAGCGGUUAGGGGAAGUUCAUACAAACACUACGGCAAACCUUGACUCGUGCUCCUCGUCGAAAGAGUCCGGGCGAGUCCAAGGUCGGGCGCUGAGGCUGCCUUCAAAUUAUCGACAUCUCCUCGACAUAUAUUUCGCGUAUACUCACUGCUGGUUUCCUAUACUCGACCGGGACUACAUUCUUGCCAGCGCAGCUACAUGCGACUCCUUGUCCCCGACUGUCUAUGGUUAUACGAGUGGGAAGGAUAUCACUCCCUCUAGCCUUGCUAUUCUAUGGUCAGCCCUGGCCGUUGCGGCCUUACAAGACGCACACUCUUCAGCCCCUAGCAUGAAUGAUGAAAUCACGUCGCCAGCUGAGAUCCUGGCAGUGGCACGCAGCUUGGUUCCACAAGAGGAGGACCAACUCGAUAUAUCGGGCAUUCAGGCACUUCUCCUUCACGCAAUUAUCCUUGUUGGUCGCGAAAACGUACUGGGCGCCUCCGUAAUAGCUGGAAAAGCGGCGCGACUCAUUUCAUAUAUGCGGUCCAGCAAGGCAUCGCAAACGCACAGCGAGUUGCAAAAAUCAACCCUAGAGAGACUGGCUGCUGCUUGCAACGUUGUCGAAGCGCUGACAUCGAUUUGCAUUGGACAGCCGUCCCACUUGUCGGAUAUUGAGAGUCUUCGAAUAUUCGAGAGGCAGAAUGGUCUGGAUUCCUUCUGCCCGGCAUACGGCUUUGGAAAGCUCCUGUCAAACCCUGAACCCCCCUGCCCCCAAGCUGCACAUUCCCUCGGCGCUCUAGAUCAGCUGAAUCGAUUUGCUCAAAUAUUGAGCUCCCACGCCGCGGGGAAGCUUCGAAAAGGCUUUUCCGUCAAGGCUGUUACCGUCGGAGAUCUCGUCUCAUCGUUGGAUCCGCAAUUUGGCUUCUGCAACUCUGUCAUCGCCGGAGAGGCAACACCAAUGUUACCAUCAGCUUUCCUUGUUCAGGCUAUGUUCCUGGCUACGACCGUCGAGCUUGUCCCAGGCCAGCGCUCUUCACUCAUAUCCAACUUCUUGGAGGUGGUCGAGUCCAGCAUCGCGAAUUUCGGGGCUUGCGGCACACCGCCCAUUACCGUUGCGCUCUUUUUACUUGUGCAGCAAAAGGGGGCAAUGGGUGAAAUGCGGACAUCCGAAACGAAGAGGUGGAAUUCAGCAUUAAACACAAUCAAGGCUGUGUGGCUGCAAGAUGAGACGGCUAAAAGGGCUGCGAUACAGCCAGCUGGCCGUGAUUCACAAGCCGCGGAGUCCCAUGCUGACGUGGUUGAUUAUGAUGCUAUAUUAGAGGAGCUUGGCAAUAUUGACUAUGCGGAAAGUAUUGGCAUAGAUCCCCAGUUUAUGAUGAAUCUUGGAUUCGCCCCUGGUUGUACGCUGGAGGAGAUGUUUCAUGUGGACUCUGGUAUUGCAUAGCAUU